GAUGCGGAAGGGGCGGUGCCGCUGUUGCGCACCGUGGCGGCUUGUGUGCGGCCGUGGGUUCCGGAGGCGGGUCUUCUUCGGCCCGGAGGGUGGAGUGUACUCCGGAUAGUUCGGUAGCUACGGAAAGGUGGUGGUCAGCGUUCGGUUACACUGGGCCGAGCGGUCAGACUUUGGUUAUUUUGCUAUUUUUGAGACAAGGUCUCGCUGUGUAACUCAGGUUAGCUUUGAACGUAAUGGAGCUCAAGCUGCCCUGGAACACGCGUCGAUGCUACCCAGCUUCCAUAACAUUACAGGCUGGACCAACCUUAGGAGUUUUUUUGUUUUGAUUGGCGUUCGUGUAGUCCACGCUUGCCUCGCACAUGAUCCUCUGGUCUACACUUCCCAAGUACAGUGAGCCACCAUUCCUGGCUUGGGUAUCUUUACUUACACGACUUUUAAAGGAAUAAACUUUUUUUUUUUUAAAUUACAUGUAUGUAUUGGAGGUGGGCGUGCUGUGGCAAGGAUGUUGGAGGUCACAGGACAACUUAAGUCAGACGAGUCUUUCUUUAUACCAUAUGGAUCUCAGAUAGGCAACUCAUUUGUUUCACCAGGCUUCACAGCCAAAUUCUGUGCCCUCGGAGACAUCUUUGUCAAUAUUGUUUUAAAAGCGGGUUGUAAAAGUGGCCCUGGUGUUCCAGACCUAAGUGGUUCACUUAGCCUCUUCCUCCUUUCCUUCCUUUUAUACUAGCUAAUCUUCCUUUCUAAAGCCUCGGGAUUUGAGAUGAAGGGAAAGCCUGUUAACAGCAGACAGUGUAGGUCCCCAGGCAGGGUCAUGGACUGUCUGUCUUCCUUUCUUUCUUUCCUUCCUUCCUUUUUUUAAAUCCCCCUUUGUUCUUCUACCUUCCUAGUUGGACUGGUUUGAGCACUGCCACAUCUGUGGAGCCAUAGGGCUUUGCAAAACAAGCCUCUCUGAGUAAUCAAGGUGUUUACGACUUGUCAGCUGUUUCAUGGUUGCCAUAGACCUCUUUUACCUUGUGAAUAGUUUGUUCUUAUUUGUUGUUCUCAGUUGAAAUGCCAGGCAUUAGAUGAGCCAUUAGUAUUGAACUCCCAUCGUUUUGCAAAUUAGAUCAAGUUUUUCAUAUAGUAGUGAGUGGAGAUAAAUCUAGAAUUAAAAAACGAAUUGCUGAAAAGGUGGUGUAGGUUUUGAGUCAUUUGGUAUGGUUUGUAUAAGUUUCUAAUUUUUUUUCUUUAAUUGACAUUUACAGAAAGAAGAUUAUAAAUGUCAGAGUCAUUUAACUGAUGAUUAUCUGUUGAAUUCUGAUACUUUUGUGCCAACCCUUUUGUUGGGAAAAUUUUAGGAAAAGCAGAUAGAAGAGAACGUCCACAUUAGCAAUGGCUAUACCAAUAACAGUGCUUGACUGUGAUCUCUUGCUGUAUGGCCGAGGUCACCGGACCUUAGACCGUUUUAAGCUGGAUGAUGUGACCGAUGAAUACUUGAUGUCCAUGUAUGGAUUUCCCCGACAAUUCAUCUACUAUUUAGUGGAACUCUUGGGGGCAAGUCUAUCUCGACCUACUCAGCGAUCUAGGGCUAUUAGCCCAGAGACACAGAUCCUGGCAGCAUUAGGUUUUUAUACCUCAGGUUCCUUCCAGACUCGGAUGGGAGAUGCAAUUGGAAUUAGUCAAGCCUCUAUGAGUCGCUGCGUUGCCAAUGUCACUGAAGCCCUUGUGGAACGGGCCUCACAGUUUAUUCACUUUCCAGCUGAUGAAGCUGCCAUACAGUCUCUCAAGGAUGAAUUCUAUGGAUUGGCAGGGAUGCCAGGGGUGAUAGGUGUGGCUGACUGUAUCCAUGUAGCAAUCAAGGCACCAAAUGCUGAAGACCUCUCUUACGUGAACCGAAAGGGUCUGCAUUCUUUAAACUGCCUGGUGGUGUGCGACAUCAGAGGGGCACUGAUGACUGUGGAAACAAGUUGGCCAGGUAGCCUCCAGGACUGUGCCGUGCUACAGCGGUCUUCUUUAAACAGUCAGUUUGAAACUGGGAUGCCCAAAGAUAGCUGGCUUCUUGGUGACAGUUCCUUCUUUCUCCACACCUGGCUCUUGACUCCACUACAUAUUCCUGAAACUCCAGCGGAAUAUCGUUAUAAUAGGGCCCAUUCUGCAACUCACAGUGUGAUUGAGAAGACUUUGCGGACCCUCUGCUGUAGGUUCCGGUGCCUGGAUGGAUCAAAAGGGGCACUGCAGUACUCACCAGAGAAAUCCAGCCACAUCAUCUUAGCUUGUUGUGUCCUUCACAACAUUUCCCUAGAACACGGGAUGGAUGUUCUGUCCUCUCCAGUGACUGGGCCCAUUGAACAGCCCCCUGAGGAGGAGUAUGAGCAAAUGGAGUCUUUGGACUUAGAAGCUGACCGAAUCCGGCAGGAGCUGAUACUCAUUCAUUUUAGUUAGUAUGGAAGGUAGAGGGAGGAAGAAGACUUUCCAGAAUAAACUGACAACUUUACCCCUUACUAACCAUCGGGAAAUUCAGUCAUCCAGUGGUACUGAAUGUGUACACUUGUCAUAAAUUAACAUUUAAAGUUUUAGAAGGGCAGGCACAAGGGCAAAUGUGUCAACUAGACACAAAAUCAAGAUGGUGUUUCCCUAAUGUGUGGUGAACCCUGGGCUGUGCAUAUUCUUGUGAAAGUUCACUGGUUGCAACAGCAAAAUCAUACAAUAAAGGAGAAAACAGCACAUA